AUGAGUGCAGAUAAUAUAGAUGAUGAUGGUGCUGGGAGUGUUUCAUCGGAAGAUGAGAACAGAUGUGUAAAGUUAAAGUUACCAGAACAUAUCGAGGCAUAUAUUAAAAAGCAGGAAUUACAUAGAGAUGUGGAACCAUCAACAUGUGACAGUACUUUACUGGAAAAUGUUACAGCAAACUAUGUAAUUGCUAAGAAAAUCAUAAGCAAUUUGACAUGGCAGGACAAGUCAUUAUGUAAACAUGUUUGUUCUAUGUGGCAUUCUGCUGUGAAUAGUAUAAAAAGGGAACAACUGUGGCCUACAGAUUUUUCUGUAUGUAUGAGAAUGAAUAGUAUAGAGUAUGGUAUCAAGUUGUUGAAAUCAGGUAAUUUUUAUACUGAACCACUGGCUGUGUUAGUGUUUACAAACAGAACAGCUUUCAUAGCAGCAACCAGAUGUGAGAGUUUAAUAUUCCAUCCUUGUGAACCUGCUUGUGAAAAGGAACAUUACCUUAUUGAUGUAAUACAACGAGAAGUUGCAGCUCCAAAAAACUGUAUGGUCACUGUGAAAGGCUGCUUCGUGUCAUAUCUGCCUCUACCACAGACAUCAACUUAUAAGAAUACAAUCAGACAUGCAAUGCUCCUGGACCCUGAUCCAUUUCUCAGUGGAAUUUCUAUACCAGCCAUACCCAAUGUAAAGUUUACAGUCAUUAAUAUGGCGUCUGUGAACUUAAUAAAAGAGAACUUUUUUGAUGUUGUGGAUAAGUUAGCCGAGACUCAUUACAUCAAAGGUGCAUUAGUUUUUGCCAAUGAUAGCUACCUAUUACAUUCAGUGGAGGAUAUUAUUUUCUUAAAUCAUUUCAAAAAUGUACAGCCAAAUGUUCCAUUUGCUAUGGGAGGUUGUAUAGUAGAGGAUACUAUAACUGAUCAAGCUGAUAUUACACAUGUUAUCAAUGGACUGAAUCGAGGCAAAGACUUUAUUAGCCGAAAUCUUAUAUCAAUAGCAUUGUUUUCAGUUCCUAGGGAUAUGGAACAAGAUCAAAACUGUAAUUUUGAUAUGUUUUCACUUAUAUUAGAGUCAUCUGAUUGGUCUAAACCUAAGAUACAAUCUUGCAUUAAUAAGUUCUCGAAGAGUAUACCUUGUUUUGAACAUAGUGUGGCUAUAAAGUUCUCAUGCGUGGGUCGCGAUCAAAAGCACGAGUUGGAGCAGCAAUACUUCCGCGCUGCUUUUCCUAACACACGACUGAUUGGAUGCUACGGCAACGGUGAACUGGGUAUCAAUCAUCCUGUUCGUAAUGAUCUAACUGAUCCCGAGGAACCGCCUAAGGCCUUAAAAAUCGGCGCGAAGAGACACCGGCGAGAUCCAGGUCCGCAAUUUGGACUCAUGUAUUCGUACUCGACCAUUUUUGUUUAUAUUGGCUGGGGAAAGAUUUUGUCUCAACCUGAGUCCACUUAA